AUCUGACUCUCUGGACAGCCCAUCACUAAUUAGAUAGUGCUUUUUAAUUUUCAACGGCUGGUAGAACUGUGUUUGACUUUUCCGCCUUCUCCGUCUCCGUGUCUUUUCUUUCCUCACGACUCCUCCUUUGUUUUUUGCCCCUUCUCUUUCGCUUUCUUUUAGGCUAGUCUCUUAUGUGUUUUGUGGGCUAGUGUGCGGUUGAAGUGUUGUGACUUGUGAUUGUUGUCUUGUUUUUUUAAAUUUGUACUCCAACUACUGCGUAUUCGGAGAUGGAAUUGGUGGCUACCAUCGGGAACCGAGAAAUAAAGUAUAAUUUAUAUGGUAAAAUCCGAAAAUCCUGAAAUAUUUAUGACAGAAAUUAGUGUACUGCCAGCAACAGAGUCAUGGACGAUGGAGAAAAUAGCAGUUCAUUGGAAAGCAAUAUAAAAAGAUGCAGAAUACUCAGGAGAAAAUCAGAUCAGUCCUCAAAAAAAGUAUGUGCAAGAGAAGAAAAGAAUGCUUCUAUCAAAAAGGUUACUUCCAUCCUUCAAAAGCAAGAGAAUGAGAGAUCUGUUGAGGAAAUUCAAAUACUCCUAGAAUGCCAAGAUGCUGUAGGCAAGGUACAAGAAAGAUGGAAGAGAAGAGAAGCUGCUAAAAGAAGACUAGAAGAAUUUGAGGAUCCUAAGGAUGUCCUGAAUGAAAAAUGUCAGAUUCUUGCUCAAGCAAUUGCACAGUCUCAGCAUCUUAUAUUUUAUACUGGAGCUGGGAUAAGUACAGCAGCUAAAAUACCAGAUUAUAGAGGGCCUAAUGGAAUUUGGACACGGUUGCAGCAGGGAAAAGAUAUAGGCAACCAUGACCUGAGCCUUGCAAAACCAACCUACACUCACAUGGCUCUGUCUGAGCUAUACCGCAAGAAAAUAUUAAAAUUUGUCGUGUCCCAAAACUGCGAUGGCCUUCAUCUGCGAUCUGGUUUGCCGCGAUCUGCUCUGUCCGAACUCCAUGGCAAUAUGUACAUCGAGGUUUGCAAAAAUUGCAAGCCACACAAACAGUAUUGGAGGCUGUUCGACGUCACCGAGAAUACGGCAAGAUAUUCGCAUAGAACAUCACGCCGUUGUUACGCAUGCAAUAAUCCCCUAGAGGACACAAUCGUUCAUUUUGGCGAACGCGGACGACUGAGUUGGCCUCUAAAUUGGACAGGGGCUGUACAUCAUGCAAACGUUGCAUCGACAAUCAUCUGUCUCGGUUCUAGUCUGAAAGUGUUGAAAAAAUACCCAUGGUUGUGGCAGAUGGACAAACCGGUGAAGAAACGGCCUAAUUUGUACAUCGUCAAUUUGCAGUGGACGCCUAAAGAUGACGUGGCUAAUAUGAAGUUGCAUGGCAGGUGUGAUAUGGUCAUGAAGAAAGUGAUGGAUCUCUUGGGUAUCUCCGUGCCACCAUAUCAAAAUCAUCUGGACCCAAUUUACCAGCAUGCCACCGAACUGAACGAAAUGGAAAUGCAUACUACAACUCAACCAUUUUUAAAGGCAUCAAGUGAAGGUAUCAAAGAAGAAAAGUCGGAAUCUGAAGUACAAACAGAAAUGAAAGACUUUGUAAAUGAUGCACCCCUUGAUAUCAAGGAUGACCUGUUAAACUGUGAUAGUAGUGAUAAGAGUAAUUCAUGUCUUCCUGAGCAGGAGAUGUACGCAGAAAUAGACCUUUUCAAUUCUGAUUUUCCCAUAAUUUUUAGUGAUUACUCAGAAUUAUUUUUGUAUCCCUAUCAAACAAGUUUUUUGUAUUCUGGACUGCAUAGUAUCAUUAAUCCUGUGCAGGUUUUCACAGAAAGACAGACAGAAGAUAAACUGGUUUUAACUGUAAGUAAAGCUAAUGAAAAGCUGCCCGAGUGUGAGUAUUGUAAUACUCACCUAGAUUCCAAGUCAUGUUUGUUCUAUUUAAAGUGUGAACCUGUGUUUGCGAAUGAACUGUUUAGAUAUAGUAAGAUAGAGAAAAAAGAAAAGCCAAAUAUUUGUGUGUGUUGUGACUAUACUACUGAUGAAGAUGAUAGUGAAUCGUAUAUAGAUAAUUCUAAUAAAAAGAUUGUUGCCGGAUGGUUUGGUAAAGGGUAUAGAAAAGGCAAAAAGACUAAAAAAAAGACACUCUAAAAUCAUCCUAUUAACAGUAUUAUUUUUUUUGUAUUUAUUUUGUAUGUGUACCGAUUUGUGUAAUUUUUUUAAUAAACAAUUGACAAUCUAACAGUA